CGAAGAAGAGUUUCGGUGUUAAAAGUAGUUUAGGUGUAAGGAUUUGCACGGAAGAGUACAAUUGUUGGGAUGGGGUGAAGCUGUCACAUUGAAUAGAAUACAUUUCUAGGCAAACCCCGCGCUUUUCUCUCUCCUCUCAACACCCCUCCACAAACAAAUAUUCCCACUUCCCAAACAUUUUCCUUCUGCAAAAUAUUAUCCUAAGAAUACAAAAACGUUACAAGUCUUUCUGCUUAUGGCUAAUUAUAUCUUUUUCUGUAUACGGCUUUUCCUUCUCUGAUUCAAACAGGUCAAAUGUGGAAAUGAAUUUUAUAUGGAAUUGACUGAGUUGGUUGCUUGUUGGAAUUUCCUAUCAAAGAAAUUGUUCACUUAUUACAUUCCUUGACCCUUUCAAGCAUAUUUUUUAGCAUAUUAUUCCCUGUCUGAAAGACACCUUUUUUUGUGGUUUGUGGAUAUUGCUAAGUGGAUGGAGGUAUCUACAGUUGAGGAUUAUAAAUUGAAGGGCUUAGGAACUAUUGAUGAAAAGAAUAUGGGGAGAAGUAGCAAUGAUAUGAUAUUCCGGGCGGAUAAAAUUGAUUUGAAAAGUUUGGAUGUUCAAUUGGAGAAGCACUUGAGUAGAGUUUGGUCAAGCAAUGUGGAGAAGGAAAUGCAAAGGCCGAAGGAAGUGUGGGAAAUUGAUCCUUCAAAGUUGGAAAUAAGGUAUCUUGUAGCUCAGGGAACCUAUGGUACUGUUUAUCGAGGUACCUAUGACAAUCAAGAUGUUGCAGUGAAGCUGUUGGAUUGGGGAGAGGAUGGCAUGACCACUGCUGCGGAAACUCUUGCUUUGCGGGCAUCAUUUAAGCAGGAGGUCACUGUUUGGCAAAAGCUUGACCAUCCAAAUGUUACCAAAUUUGUUGGUGCUUCUAUGGGAACUUCAAAUCUUAAGAUUCCUUCAAAGAAUCCUUCUGAGGGCUACACCACACUUCCUUCUCGGGCUUGUUGUGUACUUGUGGAAUUCCUCCAUGGAGGAACAUUGAAAAAUCACUUGUUCAAAAACAGGAAAAAGAAACUAGCCUUUAAGAUUGUCAUUCAACUUGCUUUGGAUCUGUCUAGGGGGUUGAGCUAUUUGCAUUCGGAAAAGAUUGUACAUCGUGAUGUGAAAGCUGAAAAUAUGUUGUUGGAUACAGAUAGAACUCUAAAAAUUGCUGAUUUUGGAGUUGCUCGUGUUGAAGCGCAAAAUCCUCGGGACAUGACUGGUGAAACUGGAACUCUUGGAUAUAUGGCUCCAGAGGUACUUGAUGGCAAGCCCUAUAACAGAAAAUGUGAUGUAUACAGCUUUGGUAUUUGCUUAUGGGAGAUUUAUUGCUGUGAUCUUCCAUAUCCAGAUCUUAGCUUUGCUGAAGUUUCUUCUGCAGUUGUCAGACAGAACUUGCGACCAGAAAUUCCCCGAUGUUGUCCAAGUUCUCUAUCGCACGUCAUGAAGAAAUGCUGGGAUGUAAAUCCACAAAAGCGACCUGAAAUGGACGAGGUAGUAAGAUUAUUAGAAGCAAUUAAUAUGAGCAAAGGAGGAGGAAUGAUACCUGAAGAUCAAGCUGGUGGCUGUUUCUGCUUUGGUCCAACCCGGGGUCCAUAAUUUCUGUGGUUUCUUUUUGUUCCCUUUGGCUAAAUCAAUGAAAUUGGACGAUUAAUUAGAAAUCAAGCAAUACUUCUUGAACUUGUGCUUUGGGUUAUUGACAUCUCCACCAAAUGAGUUUAAGGUUGUUUUGUAUGCUACCUUCCAUUUGUAUGUUCUUCUUGGAAGAAAAAGUUGUUCACAUAUUGUUACUCAUGGUUGUAUUUUUGUGACGAGCCAAAUAAAGUAUCAUGUGACUUGCACAUGGACAAGGGGCUAUAUUGUAAUUAGCUAUAUUCUUUGUAUAAAUAAAUAAAUAGGGUAAUUAGGGCUUGUAAUGGAUAGAUUGUGAAUUGAUAUUGAAAUUGGUUUUCCCUUUCUCUCUCUAU